CCGGCACAAAUGGUCGUGCAGACAAAUAGCGAAUUGUUCCAAGCCGUGUGCGAACUCCGCAUCUUUCAUGAUGAAGGAAGCAAGCGAUCUCAGGUUAACUAUGUCAAAUUUGAGUCCAACACUUCUGUUCUACGAUAGAAGAGUCAGUGAGUACUCAUUUUUCGAAAAAAAUGUGAGAGUAGAUAUUCGGAUUGACUUAUCAACAGUUUGAGCAAAUAUUUUAAUAAGAAGCUAGAGGAGCUAUCAACCCCAUUCCAAUUUCGGGUAUGCCAGGAGCUGCUCUCAGUCGAGAGCGCUUGCCACUUCAGACUCUCUUGGAAUUUAUCUAAUCGAGUUGCAGUUCGUUCAGUUCUGACUCACUGCGAUUCCCGCCGUUAGUCAAUUCCGCACAGUCUGACGCGAACCACGCUCUUACUCCGGCUGCCUUCCGAUUGUAUCCGUGAGAUUGUUUUUUCCGGUGUAAGUUAUCAGCGCACCCAUAGGGUCAGCGACGACCUCACCUGUUUCGCCGAUUCGAAAUAGCUUAUCAGUGCGCAUAGAGAAGUGAAUAGUUCCAUUGAUCAACGAUUUGUAAACUAAAGAAAUUCCGAAACUUAGUAGGCUAAGUUACGGUAAUCUAAAUAUGAAGUAAUCCAAAUAGGGCAGAGUAUUGUUAAAUUUUAAAUAUCUAUAAACAUCAACAACCUUAUCAGAUCGAGAUGAGCGAACCCCAAGAAGGCAGAAAUCAGUUCGCGCGAAAUCUGAUAGAUGUCAUUACCAAAGAUGCCCUGCAGCAGAGCAAAGACCCCCACAUAAAUACGGUUUUCUCACCAGCAUCCGUCCAAAGUUCAUUGACCUUGGCAUUUAUGGGGGCAUCCGGAUCUACGGCAGAGGAGCUAAGGAAUGGGCUUCAGCUAGGACCAGGAGACCGCCAUCACAUAGCCCUAAACUUCGGAGAGUUCUGGCGCACGAGCUGCAACUACGGCGACAGGGGACCCGUGUUGAAGUCCGUGAACAGAUUGUACGUCAACGAUUCCUUGGAACUGCUUACCGAGUUCAACGAGAUCGCCGUGGACUUUUUCCAGUCGAAGGCAGAGGCGACGAGGUUCGCCGAUUCGGAGGGAGCUACGCAGUUGAUCAACGACUGGGUGGAGCAGGAGACGGAGCACAAGAUCACCAACCUGCUUCAAUCGGACGCCGUGAACAACGAAACGAGCGCCUUGCUCAUCAACGUCUUGUACUUCAAGGGAAAGUGGCAGAAACCCUUUAUGCCAGAGACCACAUCGAUUGACCAUUUUCACGUGGACCGGGACACUCGUGUGGAGGUGAACAUGAUGUACCAAGAGGACAAGUUCAGGUUCGCCGAACUGCCACAGCUGAAGGCUCGAGCUGUGCAACUGCCCUAUGAUUACUCAAACAUUCACAUGCUAAUCCUGCUGCCCAACGAAGUAAACGGUCUGCAGGAGUUAGAGCAGCAGCUCAAGACCUUGGAUCUAGCCGAUAUUGACUCCGCUCUGACCUUGCAGGAUGUCGAGAUCUUCCUGCCCAGGAUGUGCAUAGAGUACGACGUGGACCUCAAACAGGUACUUAAUCAGCUGGGUAUUACGGAAGUCUUCAGCGAUAAGGCCAAACUAGACGGGCUCUUUACCUCGCGAAGUGGCCAAAAAAUCUCUGCAGCAAGGCACCGCGGCUACAUCGACGUGAAUGAGGCAGGAUCCGAGGCAGCAGCAGUCAGUUUCAUGAAGAUAGUGCCCAUGAUGCUCAACAUGAACAAGAAGCUCUUCAAGGCGGAUCACCCGUUCGUCUUUUACAUACGAAACCCGCAGGCCGUCUUCUUCGCCGGCCGAUUCUCGAACCCCAAGUCUGGAUCUGGACCAGGAGAGGAGGGCUUGUCACGGGAAGGUGCCGAUGCCAGCAUGUACAAUGUCUAAGAACAGCAGUGAGACCGAA